AUGGAUGUUGCUCUGCGAAAUUUUAGGAGACUCGAGGAGAAGUUUUUGAUUGUGGAGAACUUUAUCCAAGAGCACAAGACAAAUCCUACGACGCGUGAGAUUGUUCUGCGUUGGCUAAUCGGUUUCUAUAAUAGCUUCAAAGUAGUCAAAGACAAAACUUUGCAUCUUGCAAUAACAUUUACGGACAGAUAUAUGCAGGAGAACAACGAAAUGAGAUAUACUCUGCUUCAAUUGGUGGCCCUAUCAACCUUGUGGAUUACCAAUAAACACUUUGGCUAUAUCGAUCUCAAAGUUGAAAAUCUCGUAUCCACUCAUAAUGGUGGACCCAUUUUGAACAAAGCGUUCACAAUAAUGCAAACAUCAGAUUUCGUUCUGGACCACCCAAAAUCACUUGACAAGAAUAAUGAUAUUGCAGGAGUUCCAAAAUGCCAUUUUCUUGGACAAUAUAUUCUGAAGCUGGCGCUGUUGAAACACAACAUGAGUCCAAUCAAACUUUCCCUGCAAGCGGUUGCUGUUCGUUGUCUAUCGACGAGAAUUCUGAAAGAGGUCGAGUGUCUGUCUGGAGUGUGGAUAACUAUUCUUGUUUCCCAUACUGGCUAUGGAAUACGUGACUUUCAAGAUGUGCUA